AUGGGGAAUUUCCAGUUCAUCCCUCAGGAUCCAAACAAGCCUCGAUACUCACGCAGAAUUCCCGACCUGGAAUGGGAAGCGCAGAAGUCUUUCCUCAAGCAACUCCAUAACCGUGAUUUCACAAGGGAACAAAUGGUCACAGAACUUGCCACUCGGCGGAACUUUCAUGUGUCGAAAAAUCGCCUGGAUAACCGAAUGAAAGCUUGGGGCUACUCCCGGUACAGGCAUCCUUCGUCCCCACCACAACCGUUGGAAGGAGGUGCCAUACAGUCUACUACAGCGACCCAGGUGGCAAGAGAAGAAAUUGAGGGAAGAAUGCAUCAUGCUCAUCGGCUUGAGGACGACAAGGCGGGCCGCGUCCAGCAACACCAAAUACUCACACUCCCAGAUGCGGGGAGGGUGCCUGCAAAGGAAGUUUCCAUGGCACGGUUACAAGCGGUUGACAUAUUUCUACCAGAUUUAGCGAAUGGAUCUUUACCCGUCACGGAGACGGAAACAGCUCAACAGCUCCAUAUGAGGAAAGUUCCACAACCCAGCAAGCCUAUCUCCAUGAUUGGCACGCACUCUUCGCCACAUACUCGCAGUUCAUUCGAAGAAGCGGUCGCUAAGUUCUCUGAAUUACCCGACGACGAAGAUGGUGGGUUGGAAGCUACCUUGAUGAAGCUCCAGAGUCAGUUCCCAAACAGAGCAUCUCCAGAACUCGACGGGUCAUUCGAAGAAGCGGUCGCUAGGUUCUCUGAAAUUCCCGACGACGAAGAUGGUGGGUUGGAAGCUACCUUGAUGAAGCUCCAGAGUCAGUUCCCAGAAAGAGCAUCUUCAGAACUUGACAACUUCUCGCUGCCUCGAAUGGUGCAACACCACCGGGGAGCAUCGUCGCGAGAUAGCAUCCAGGACUGCGGUCCCGAGCAGAUGUCGACGGAGACAACAGAGCGCAGCCAUUCAAGAAAAUCAGAGGAACUCCCUGGAGCUGGUCUGUCGCUGUUGGCAAAGCAGGCGGAACUAUCUGACAACACAGCUGAUAAGGUGCCGGCCACAGGUUUCGGUGCAGGACACCGAACAUUUCUUGGCCUGACGUUGCUCUCAGUGAUCUAUCUGACUUGCCAUCCCCCGAUGGGUAUGAAUAUGUAG